CUUCACUCGCCGCCUCUCGCCGGGACCGGGAGCGCUCCGCGAAGCACGGACAGUGGAGAGGGCGCUGCGCUCGGGCUACCCAAUGCGUGGACUAUCUGCAGCCGCUGCUCAUGCAAUAUGCUGGAGCUCCAGAACAGCUAAACGGAGUUGCCACACCGCUGCCUGGGCUGGAUCACAGCGCUGCCUUUCCUUAUGAAGAAGACACAAACUUGGAUUAUCACUUGCAUUUAUCUUCAACUGCUCCUAUUUAAUCCUCUCGUCAAAACUCAAGGGAUCUGCAGGAACCGUGUGACUGAUGAUGUGAAAGACGUUACAAAAUUGGUGGCAAAUCUUCCAAAAGACUAUAAGAUAACCCUCAAAUAUGUCCCCGGGAUGGACGUUUUGCCUAGUCAUUGUUGGAUAAGCGAGAUGGUGGAACAAUUGUCAGUCAGCUUGACUGAUCUUCUGGACAAGUUUUCAAAUAUUUCUGAAGGCUUGAGUAAUUACUCUAUCAUAGACAAACUUGUGAAAAUAGUCGAUGACCUUGUGGAGUGCAUGGAAGAACACUCAUUUGAGAAUGUAAAAAAAUCAUCUAAGAGCCCAGAACCUAGGCUGUUUACUCCUGAAAAAUUCUUUGGAAUUUUUAAUAAAUCCAUCGAUGCCUUCAAGGACUUGAAGAUGGUGGCUUCUAAAACUAGUGAAUGUGUGAUGUCUUCAACAUCAAGUCCUGAAAAAGAUUCCAGAGUCAGUGUCACAAAACCAUUUAUGUUACCCCCUGUUGCAGCCAGUUCCCUUAGGAAUGACAGCAGUAGCAGUAAUAGGAAGGCCUCAAAUCCCAUUGAAGACUCCAACCUACAAUGGGCAGCCGUAGCAUUGCCAGCAUUCUUUUCUCUUAUAAUUGGGUUUGCUGUUGGAGCCUUAUACUGGAAGAAGAAACAACCAAAUCUUACAAGGGCAGUUGAAAAUAUACAGAUUAAUGAAGAGGAUAAUGAGAUAAGUAUGUUGCAAGAAAAAGAGAGAGAGUUUCAAGAAGUGUAAUUGUGGCUUGUAUCAACACUGUUACUUCGUACAUUGGCGGGUAACAGUUCAUGUUUGCUUCAUAAAUGAAGCAGCUUUAAACAAAUUCCUAUUCUGUCUGGAGUGACAGACCGCAUCUUUAUCUGUUCUUGCUACCCAUGACUAUGUGGAUGAUUCAGAAAUUGGAACAAAGUGUUUUACUGUGAAACUGGCACUGAAUUAAUCAUCUAUAAAGAAGAACUUGCACCGAGCAGGACUCUAUUUUAAGGACCUGGGGGAUCUGUGGUCUCAAUUAGAACUUGCAGCUGAUGUUGGGAGAGAAAGCACGUGUCCCAGACUGCACGUACCGUUUUGCAUGCCUCCAGAAACGUCUAAUUGUUGAAAAACCACAUAGCUUUAUUUCACAGUUACAACCUGCAGUUCAUAGUUAUCUUGGUCUCUGCAAGUAGACUUCAGCCUGGAUAGUGGGGGGGGGGGGUGGGUCAUCAUUUUUAUCAAAGGGAUCUAGAAAAAAUUCAAAAAACAAAAAUUCCAUAGCAUCAGCCACUGUUCAUUUAGAAAGCAGUGGGAAAAGAGGGUGGGGGUAGGGGCAGGUCAGCCUUAUAGCUGCUGAUCAGUGAAUGAUAUGGGUCUGAGCUUGGUCUCUUUCUGACAGAGUGUGCUCAACCGUAUCCCACUAGACAAAUGGACAUGGUUGUCUGACUUUAGUCAUGCAGGGGAGCCAGUACUGAAUUACACAACAGUGAUGCCUUUGCAGAGGAGAGACUCCGAAAGAGUCAUCACACGAAGAAGCUGUGGACACUGCCCAGCAGAACAGUCUGCCGAGGAGGGCAUCUGGCACCCCUGGUGAAGUCAGCCUUUGCCCUUGACCACUAUGGCGUGUACAAAUUGUGCUUGCAAAUUAUCUUACAAAAUGUUUAUAUUCUAAAACUAUCACAGAGUUAUGUAAAGGGACUUAGGAGAAAUCACUGAAUGUAUGGAGGCCGCAUUUUCAAUUUCUGCUGUGGGAGAGAGUAAAUAUAAAUUAUGAUAUUUAGUAUCUAUGGUUAGAUAACCACACACAUGCUAAUAUGGGUGUUGAAAACUAGGUGACUUGGCUUUUACAAGAAUGCAGGGGAUCAGGAAACUUUAGUUAUUUAUAGUAUAAUCACCAUUAUCUGUUUAAAGGAUCCAUUUAUUUAAAAUCAGGCACUCUGUAUUCAUUAAGGUUUAUGAAUUAAAAAUAAAAAGAAAGCUUUAUGUAGUUACGCAUGUCAGUUUGCUAUUAAAAUAUGCGACAGCGUUUUUGUCAUAUUGAGUGAACUUGGCAGGAAUUCCCAAGAUGGACAUUGCAUUUUUAAACCAGAACUUGUAAGACAUUAAGUGAAUUUCCCUUGCCAAUUUUUUUUUAUUUCAAAGGAACAUCUGACUAAGGUCAAAGAAUGAUUUCUUUUGGUUUAUUUUGAUGAAGGUUCUUUUAAUAUAUCACAAACGUACACAUACAGGAAUCCAAAGCUUUCCGUUCUAACUUGAUCCUUGUGAUAACAUCAUUGCCAUGUCUAUCACCAUCACAUGACUGUUUUCAAUGCAGUGAUAGAGAAGGGCAUGAAAAACUGCUAUCUUUCCUUUGUUUUCAAAAGUCCAAGAAUUUCUAGUAGAGCUGGAUUUUAGCUUAUGUUCAAAGCUAAUUCAAAUACAACUCUAGUAAGUGGCCCUUGCUCUUUUUUAUACCAAAGAGCUCAGAUGAUUUCUACGAUCCCUCCUCUAAAGUGCUGUGGUUCCUCAAACACUAGUCAUGUCUCUAAGAUACAACCCAGAUGCUUUGGGAAGUUGCAUUAAUUUAUUCAGUCCCUCAAAUAUCCCAUGGUACAACCAAUUAUAUAUAAUAAAACCAGAGAUCAAUUUAAUGGCUGAAAGGACCUGUCUCAGUGUGUGAUAUUGAUUGUUUUGAAGAAAAUAGACAUAGAUUAACAUGAGUAUGUGUGUAGGUCAUGUGUCGAUUGAGAAGAUUGAUACUUCUCAAGCUAAUAGUUUGUUUCAGCAAUGGUUUCAGUUUUUGUAAGUAUGUAAAAAUGCUGCUUAAUGAGCUUUAGAGUACAAUAGAUGUACUUUUGUUCUCAAAGCUGGUAGCUGGGUUUUAACACAGAAGGACAUGGUCCUAAUUGAUAGGGUUAAAUAAACAAAUUCAGCAAGUUAUGAAAUCUGGCAUGGUAGGCGAGGGGAGAUGUAUUCUGCCUAAUCAAAUGUAUUGGUUCAUUGAGAGCUGUGUGGAUUACCAAUUUUUGAAACACUAAAAUUCAGUAAAAUACACGAACAAUAGAAAAAUGUUGAACAUUACUUUGGUUGGUAGUUGCUUGGGAAUGAACUGUCAUACCUACUUGGAGAUUAAAAAAUAUAUAUACAUAUAUGUCUUUGCUUUAUUUUACCCAAUAUGGGUUCUCAACAUCCUUUAUAAAUCAUGGAAAACUCACAACUGACAUCUUAAACUGUGAAAUCACCUUUUAAAUUGGUGCCACGUAUCUGAUAGUUCUCUUUUGUAAAGUUUCAAAAUUGUCUUUUAAAAUGGUUUCAGAAGUCUGCAGAUUCUAAAUUAUACUUUAGUGUAAAGUAUAAUUCAGCUUUGUACCUCUGUGGUAGAACCCAAAUCUAUAGAGAAACUGGCACUGAUAAACGGUGCCUGCCCUGUGAUAUCAAAGCGUUGCUUGAUUUUGUAUUAUAAUCUGAUGUGCUUACCACACAGCCACUUUCUGAUGAAUCAGAAACAAGUUAUUUUUUUCAAUACUUUAACAGAACAAGUACCCUAUUCUCUUUGAAAAGGAUUAACUAUGUGAAAAAUGACAAUGUAUGAUAAAGUAUGUUCACAAUGAAAGAUCUGCUUUUAGUAAGAAUUAAAGUACUCUGGAGAAACUUUGUGGCAUAUUUUGGUAUUCUAAUUCAAAUGAAGUUUUAAAUUAAUAGAAAACUCCACGCAGAAUUCAUGGAUAUUUCUUAAUGUUUUUCUGAAGCUAGGUUCUGGUUUCAAAAUGUAAUCCCAGUAUGGGGCUUUUAGCCAUUCCCAACCUAUUCUAAUUUAACUAAGAAAUAUAUUUUUCAAGAAGGCAGUUGGACAUAGUGGGAUGGAUGUUAGGAAAAAUUGUCAGGAGCUUCCACUCUGCCAUUAACAGGUAUUGGUAAAUCACUGCCCUUCUUUGGCUCUCAAUUUUUAUUUAUCUAUAUGGUGAAGUCAAGUCAUACCAUAGGUAUGAGAGAAACCUAUUGAUAUGUGACUGACAAAGAUGAUAAAAUAGAGCUGAAACUAUCGCAUAUAAAAUAUCCAACUCUGAUCUCUGUGAAUAAGCAAUUUGAACAUAAAAAGCUAUGGCUGUUCUUGUUUGUAAUGUAAAUAGGGUCCAUUCGUAAAAGUGAAAAUCAGUCUCCUGUAGGGUGAGUCGGAUAACCACUUACACAAGAGAUGGCUUUUUCCGUUGCUUAAAUAAACAUUUUUGGAUCACCUCUGAAGAAUGAAAACCAAGAGUACAUUUUACCCAGGAAAAGAUGAGAUCUGUGUAACAUUUGGAAGUGUACCAAAUCAAGCAUUUAAAUGCUCUCAUUUUCUUAAAAGCUAAGAGCAGAAACUGUAAGAUGCUCAUAAAGUUUUUAAGUGCAAAAAGAUACUUUCGAAUCCAUUUGGAGAUGAGUAAACCAUAAAUUGUAUUUCAGGAUUGGAAAGUGGGAUAAGAAUUUUAGAGAAAGCCAGCUUGUUUUGAAACAGUAUUAUUCUGAAAUUGGCAUUAAAAUAUAAACAUUCAGAUUGAAAUCCCAACCAGUUCAUUUGUGGUGUUUGAUCACACAGUUUAUGGUGUUGCUGGAAAUGCCUUUGUAAAGAUAAAAUAAUGGUACUUUCAUUUCCGAACAAGAUACUGUUUUAGAAAUAAUCCAUAUUAAAAUGGAUAUUCUUGAUCCUAAAAUGUUUCCUAAGCAUCGUACAUGUAUUUAUAACCGCCGUCUCCAAUUACAUCUUAUGUUGUUUUUUAAAAUAAAAUUGUUUAAACUAAAAAACAUAGUAUUUUCAGUGAGCUAUGACUCACUAAAUAAAAAUUUCCAAUCAAAAUACCCUAUUCUCCUAUAUUCUAAGGAUUAAUGUGUGAUUAUAGUGUCCACUUGCCACUAUUUUUUAAAUCAAUGGACUUAAAGUAUUCAGACAUUUAGAUGGAUGCACAGAUAUAUUGCUAGUUCAGUCAUAGAUUGGAGUUUGCAUAUUGUAAUGUAAAUGUAUGUCAACAUUAUUCUAUAGUUUUAUUAUGACUGAAGUUAAAUAAAAAAGGUUGUAAAAUGUGAUGUGUAUGUACUGUAUGUGUACUUUUAAAAAUAGGUUUAUGUCCUGACCCUUUUUUAUACAGGUUUGAAUUUGAAAUUACAUUAUAUAUACACAUACUUUAUUGUUCUAAAUAAAGAAUUUUAUGCACUCAAA